GCGUUGCACCAAUGACGCAACUUUCAUUUCCUGAUCGGCAAGGGUCACUCACAUGAGUGAGAAGGUUCUAUAGAGCCUAGAAAAAGAAGCGGAAUUCACAUACAGCCUGGUCUACACAUUAAAAUGAUGUCACGAGCGCUGUGUCGGGCCGGUGGGGUCGUCCUGCGGCAAACCCAGCGGACUGCACCUCGGCUGUGGGUAACGCCAGCCCAGCAGCGAUGGGCGUCCAGUCUCCCCAUGAACACCGUCAUACUGUUUGUACCUCAGCAGGAAGCCUGGGUGGUGGAGAGGAUGGGUCGCUUCAACAGGAUCUUGGAGCCGGGUUUAAAUUUCCUCAUUCCCAUACUUGACCGAAUCCGCUAUGUGCAAAGUCUCAAAGAGAUUGUGAUAGAUGUCCCAGAGCAAUCGGCAGUAUCUCUUGAUAAUGUAACGUUACAAAUUGACGGAGUGCUUUACCUGAGGAUUCUAGACCCUUUUAAGGCCAGUUACGGGGUUGAGGAUCCAGAAUAUGCUGUCACACAGCUUGCUCAGACCACCAUGCGUUCUGAACUGGGCAAACUCACACUAGACAAAGUGUUCAGGGAAAGGGAGUCCCUGAAUUCAAACAUCGUCCACUCGAUCAAUCAAGCUUCAGAUGAGUGGGGAAUCAGAUGCCUCCGUUACGAAAUAAAGGAUAUUCACGUUCCACCGCGUGUCAAAGAAUCAAUGCAGAUGCAGGUGGAAGCCGAGCGUAAAAAGAGAGCCACAGUGCUGGAGUCUGAAGGAACAAGAGAGGCAGCCAUUAAUGUCGCAGAGGGUCGCAAACAAGCUCAGAUCCUGGCCUCGGAGGCUGAAAAGGCAGAGCAGAUCAACAAAGCAGCUGGUGAGGCUCAAGCAGUUUUAGCCAAAGCUGAGGCAAAGUCAAAGGCAAUUCGUAUGCUGUCCGACGCCCUGACUGAGCAGAAUGGCAGUGCAGCAGCUUCGUUAAGUGUGGCCGAGCAGUACGUGUCUGCUUUCUCCAACCUUGCCAAGGAGUCCAACACGAUCUUGCUGCCAUCCAACACUGGAGACAUUAGUGGAAUGGUCACACAGGCCAUGACUAUUUACAGCACGCUGGCGAAAACAAGCCCUAAAGCAGAAGCAAUAAAUGUGAGCAGCGAAGAAGACGAAUUUGGGAACCAGUCAUCAUCACCUCAAUAACAAUAAACCUAGUGAACAAACUGGGUGAUUAAAGACAAAACAAGAAGCUUAUGUUUAGGAAAUGAAACUUCAGAAUAUCUGUCCACAGAGAGCAAAUCUGUCAACUUUAUCAACAAUUUCUGACAUCUUCACUUGGAG